AUUACUGUUCAAUUUAUUGUUGUACACACUCUUUGUUUUCUGGUGUUUUGUUAAUCGCACAAUCGAUAUUAUUUUUUGACCAUAAAUUUGUUAUUACUUUUCGUUCAAUAUAUUAAAUAAAAUAAUAAUAAAAAAUGGAUGUAGCCGAUGUUCAAGUUGGUCAGUUACGUGUAAAAGAUGAUGUUGGUGUUCGCUGCCAGAAAUUAUUCCAGGAUUUCUUAGAAGAAUUCCGUGAAAAUGGUGAAUUAAAAUAUUUGCAACCGGUGCAAGACCUUGUAUCUCCCGAUCGUUCAACGCUCGAAGUGAAUUUCGACGAUGUGGAGAAAUAUAACCAAAAUUUGGCAACGACCAUCAUUGAAGAAUACUAUCGCAUCUAUCCGUUCUUAUGCCAAGCGGUAUCGAACUAUACAAAAGAUCGUACCGAUUUGAAAAAAGCAAAAGAAUGCUAUGUAUCAUUCACCGAUGUACCAACACGGCAAAAGGUUCGUGAAUUGACCACAUCCAAAAUUGGUACAUUGAUUCGAAUUUCGGGUCAAGUAGUUCGCACACAUCCAGUGCAUCCAGAAUUGGUGUCCGGUACAUUUGUCUGUCUCGAUUGUCAAACUGAAGUCCGUGAUGUUGAGCAACAAUUCAAAUUCACAAAUCCAACGAUUUGCCGUAAUCCAGUAUGCUCCAAUCGUCGAAAGUUUAUGCUUCAAACAGAUAAAUCCAAGUUUAUCGAUUUCCAAAAAGUACGCAUUCAGGAAACACAAGCCGAAUUACCUCGUGGUUGUAUUCCACGUUCGGUUGAAGUCAUUCUGCGCAAUGAAAUCGUCGAAACUGUUCAAGCUGGCGAUCGAUAUGAUUUCACGGGUACUUUGAUUGUUGUACCAGAUGUGGCCACGUUGCAAAUGCCAGGAGCAAAGGCCGAUCUUGGUUCGCGUCAUCAAAAGGGUGAAGCGGCCGCCGCAGAAGGUGUACGUGGUUUGAAAGCAUUGGGUGUUCGCGAUUUAACCUAUCGCAUGGCAUUUUUGGCAUGCAGCGUACAAGCGACAACAUCACGUUUUGGCGGUACUGAUUUACCAAUGAGCGAGGUCACCGCGGAAGAUAUGAAAAACCAAAUGACAACCGAAGAAUGGAACAAGGUUUAUACAAUGUCGAAAGAUCGUAACAUUUAUCAAAAUUUAAUCAAUAGCUUGUUCCCGUCCAUUUAUGGAAAUGACGAAGUUAAACGUGGCGUUUUGCUGCAACUUUUUAGUGGCGUUGCAAAAACUACAAAAGAACAAACUUCAUUGAGAGGUGACAUAAAUGUAUGCAUUGUCGGCGACCCAAGUACAGCCAAAUCCCAGAUUUUGAAACAGGUUGCUGAAUUUUCACCACGUGCCGUUUACACAUCGGGAAAAGCAUCAUCGGCAGCCGGUUUAACAGCAGCUGUUGUCAAAGAUGAGGAAAGUUUUGACUUUGUUAUUGAAGCCGGUGCUCUGAUGUUGGCCGACAAUGGUGUUUGUUGCAUUGAUGAAUUCGAUAAAAUGGACCCACGUGAUCAAGUUGCCAUUCACGAGGCCAUGGAACAGCAAACUAUUUCAUUGGCAAAGGCUGGUGUACGUGCAACGCUAAAUGCGCGUACAUCGAUUUUGGCUGCAGCCAAUCCAAUUAAUGGCCGAUACGAUCGAUCAAAAUCACUUCAACAAAACAUUCAAUUAAGCGCACCAAUUAUGUCCCGUUUCGAUUUGUUCUUCAUUUUGGUCGACGAAUGCAAUGAAAUCACCGACUAUGCAAUUGCACGUAAAAUUAUCGAUUUACAUUCAAAAGUCGAUGCGCAACAGGUCGAACAGGUCUAUACACGGGAAGAAGUGUUGCGAUACAUAACAUUUGCCCGUCAAUUCAAGCCAACUAUAGGCGAUGAGGCAGCUCAAGUGUUGAUUGAAAACUACGGUCAUUUACGUCAACGUGACACCGGUAUGACUGGCAAAGGAUCAUGGCGCAUUACGGUGCGUCAAUUGGAGAGUAUGGUUCGAUUGAGCGAAGCACUGACCAAACUUGAAUGUUUGAGUGAAGUACAAGUUAAGCAUGCAAAAGAAGCAUAUCGUUUACUCAACAAGUCGAUUAUUCGUGUUGAGCAACCAGACAUUCAUUUCGACGACGAAGGCGAUGAGCUAUUGGCCGACAUUGAUAUGCAAGAUGAAAAUCAACCACCAGUUACGGAACAAAUAAUCGAAACGGAAGAGACAGCCGCCG